AUGGAUUCUACUAGCAUCGGCGAAUCUUUCUCAGUUGCGAGUGCAAUCGAAGAUGUUUUAUCUUUGACAAUAGAUAAGAAGAAGCAUGUUGAAAUAGCUGAUAUUCUGAAUCCUUUUAUUGCAUUAUUGGCGACCAUAAUCACAUUUCUUGCAGAUUCAAAAACAUUUGUAACUUGUUGA